AUGACCCUUGGGGACAAGCUUUUCGCGCUCGGUCGAGCCCAAUACUUGAGCUACUUUGAAGAAAUCCGGAAACAGGAGAUCGUUACUCCAUACCUACAGGUAGCGUGUGCGUGGCUGGUGCAAGACGCCUUCUCCGCCACCAAACGUGAUCAUGCUACAAGGCUCAUUGCAUGUGUCCUCUGGCCUGGAGCAUCGUGGUCUCUAACUCAGGACCAGUUGUUCAUGUAUUUGGGUAUGCCAGAUAUAAGCAAUAUCAGCCAGCGUGCACUCAUUAGGGUAAAUCGCCCAGCAAAGAGCCCAAAUUCAACGGUAACACUGUUUGGGCAACAUAGCCGACAAGACUUUGACCUUCGCGAUUUGUCACAGUUGUACAAGCUUUUCGAAGCGGUGGUAGACAGCGAGUUUGCCUGGAUGCAAGAGAGUAUGCAGUGUCUUUUGGCUUCUCCUCUCUUGAUGAACAUGCCCAGCGUAUGCCGUCAAGACGAGCUGUCGCCAAACUUUAUUACAAGAUGGAUGUGGUAUUAUCUCUACGCUGAUCUUCCUAUGGCGGAGCAGAGAUGGCUCUUUGAUCAAAACUGCCACGUCCAACUUCCCACUCUCGUGCACACCAUCAGGGACCGGACGUUCGACGACAAGGACGCGAAGGAGGCCUCUCACAAGCGCCUAGAGAAGCAGCUUGGGAGAGAUGCGCUUACCAAGAGACACUGCCAGCCACGGGAUCUAAGUAAACUUCGUUAUGAACUUCUUCAGCGGGAAGAGCUUCCCUUCCACUUCAUCACAUGGCCAAAGAUCGGCUCCGUCGCAUCGCCGAAUGAUCUCGCAGAAAGCCUUGCCCUUCAAGACUUCAUCACCGUCGACGGCGAACCACGCUCCGAUUAUGAUGAGUUGCUUUUGUUCGUUUCGAUGAACUGGGCGGCUCUCCGCCUCAGAGACGAGGGCAUGACACCCUUGGCUAAGGAGCUGAAGAGACUUCGAGUCCUUCUAUCGCGCAGUCGGAGCGGAGCGGAUCCCCCCUUUGGUCCUACAUCGAGACAGCUGACGAACGAGGUUGUCGGUCGAGAUGACAGGAUACACAUCAUCUGUUGUAACUGUGUCUCGGACAAGAUCAGGAUCUGGAUGAUAGAUGCAGGCCAAGGUCGGAGGAGAUGGGUUGUUCGAAUCGAAAAGCGUACAUAG